AUGCCUCCCAACGCCAAUCAACAUGCAGUGGCCGAUGCCUUGGCAACCACAGCAGAAGCCGACCCUGAAUUGCUGCAGUUCUGGAAGGACCACUUGUCCUCCCCACCUUUUCUGCCGCUGCCCACAGACUAUCCCAGGCAUAACACUCAG